AUGGGAUUCCUCAGUUCAAAAGACAAGCAAACGGGAUCUUCCCCUCAGCCAUCCUUGUCAGAAGAUCAAGAAGUUGGUUUCAAAUCUGAAAGCAAUAACAGCUACGUUCCAAAUAUUCCGACUGGGCAAGGACAAAUCGAAUUCGAUGAACUGCACGUGCUUUGCCCCCCACACACAACGGAGGCAAAACUCAUGCGAAAAAUCGAUUUACGGGUGAUACCAUUCUUAUGUAUCCUGUACCUUUUGGCAUUUUUGGACAGAGUUAAUAUCGCGAAUGCAAAAUCUUUCAAGCUAGCAACAGACUUGAAUUUAACCGGAACUGAAUACAAUACCGCCCUCACUAUCUUCUUCGUCCCAUAUGUCUUCUUCGAAAUCCCAUCCAACAUUCUCAUGAAACGUCUCAAUCCAAAUAUUUGGCUUUCAACCCUCAUGUUUCUCUUUGGUCUCGUAAGUAUCUGUCAAGGACUAGUCCAAAAUUUCGGCGGACUGCUCGCAACUCGUUUCUUCCUCGGACUUUUCGAAGCUGAAGCUCAACGUCGAUAUUCCUUUUUCUUCAGUAGUACCACAUUAGCCGGAGCAUUCGGUGGUCUCCUCGCUAGCGCUAUUGGAAAAAUGGACGGAGUCAGAGGACAUUCUGGAUGGCGAUGGAUAUUUAUUCUCGAAGGUCUCCUUACCUGCGUUGUAGCCCUAGGGUUUUUCUUUCUUAUCCCUUCUUUCCCCGAAGAUGCAAAAUGGCUCACUCCCGAUGAACGCGCAUACGUUAAAGCCCGUCUACAAGUCGAUCAAGGUCGAAGUGCGGCUGAACGCAAAAUCACAUUGAAAGACGCACUCCACGUAUUCAAGGACUAUAAAAUCAUUCUAGGAGGUUUCAUGUAUUUCGGUAUGGUAAUCCCCGCAUACGGCUACGCAUUUUUUGCACCAGGAAUCAUAUCCACCUUUGGUUACACACCCAUUCAAACACAACUCCACAGCGUACCUCCCUGGGCUUGCGCCUUUGCUUUCGCAAUGAUCAUCGCUUUCGGCUCCGAUUUUACUCGUCAUCGUUUCGCCUUUACUAUUGCUCCCAUCUGUGUAGCAAUAACAGGUUUCUCCAUCCUACUCACCAUCCACGAUAACACCAAACUCCAAUACGCAGCCCUCUUUCUUGUAGCCAUGGGUGCCUAUGCCGCCAUGCCGGUAAUUGUCUGUUGGUUCAACAUGAAUCUAGGAGGACAUCAUCGCCGAAGCGUCGGUACAGCGUGGCAAGUCGGCUUUGGAAACGUAGGCGGGAUUAUUGCAACAUAUGCAUUUUUGGCAAAAGAUGCACCGGAAUAUAAAAUGGGUUAUGGGAUUUGUCUAGGCUUUCUCUGCUUGAGUGCAGCUAGUUGUUUGGCGUAUUUUUUAGCGACGUUAUUCGAGAAUAGACAGAGGAAUAGGAGACCCAGAGAUUUGGGUCUUACGGAGUAUGAGAAGACAGAGUUGGGGGAUUUGAGCCCGGAUUAUAGGUAUCAAUUGUGA